AUGAAAAAGGGAGGCUUUUCUUUACGUAAAUGGGUGUCAAACGAUCCCGACGUACUGGCAACCAUUUCAAAAGAAUUACAGGCAAUUGAUUCAAAACACACGAUCAACGAUGACCAACCUGUCAAGAUUCUGGGAAUAGCUUGGCUUCCAGAUGUUGACAAGUUCACCUUUACCAUCACCGUCAAUGAGAUGGAGGUAUGGACUAAACGUAAGGUACUUUCUGAAGUCGCUAAAAUCUUUGACCCCUUGGGCUGGUUGGCACCUACAGUUAUCAUUUCCAAAAUCUUCCUCCAAGAGCUGUGGAGUCAUCAUCUAAGCUGGGACGAGGAGCUACCUGAUUCUCUGGCAAAGCAGUGGAGAACAUUUCAAGAACAGCUUCCUGUACUUACAAAUAUAAAAAUUCCACGCUGUAUUCUCAUUCCCCAGGCUUCAGACGUGCAAGUACACGGAUUCUGCGACUCUUCAGAGAAGGCCUAUUGCGCAGCUAUAUACAUUCGUUCCCAGGAUGUAACACUAGCUGUGACAUCCAGACUGCUAACAUCCAAGACGCGUGUCUCUCCAGUAAAACCGCAGUCUUUACCUCGAUUGGAACUCUGUUCUGCUUUACUUCUUGCCAAUUUGUUGCAAGCUACCUUGCCAACGCUAACUGUGCCAAUCUCUGAGACAUUUGCGUGGUCUGAUUCCAAGAUCACACUGGCAUGGCUGAAGUCUGAACCAAGAAGAUGGCAACCGUUCGUAGCUAAUCGAGUAGCACAAAUUCAAGAGCUGACUCCUAAUGUGCACUGGAACCAUGUGAGCGGUCUGGAGAAUCCUGCUGAUUGCGGAACAAGAGGGAUACCUCCAACUAAACUAGAAAAGUGCGACUUGUGGUUCAACGGACCUGAUUGGCUAAGGAGUGAGAAAGCAUCAGGGAAAAAAGACGCUGGUACGAAUACAUCAUCCAAAGACUUCGGUAGCUUAUUCUUAUGUAAAGAUCCACCCACAGAGAAAGAUCACAAUCUUACUUUAAUAUCAAAUGAUUUCGAGGCAAUGUACAAUGUUCAAAGAUUUGCUGAUGUCGUUCUGAAACUCGGCAAGCACGAAUUUCCGGUACACAAGUUGAUUCUGAGAAGUCGAUCCAAGAUGUUCGAAGCAAUGUUCGAACACGACAUGCUGGAGAAUCGACAACACACUGUGGACCUUGUCGAUAUGGAACCUGACACAGUCAAAGACAUGCUUCGCUAUUAG